AGCUUAAUUAGUUUCUCAAACCAUUUCACCAUUUUUUUUCCCCUCCAAAAGCCCCAUGGAGAACACUUAUACAAAAAAGCCUCAUGCAAUUAUGAUUCCCCUACACUACCAAGGCCAUGUCACCCCUUCUGUAAAUCUAGCCAUUAAACUUGCCUCAAAAGGCUUCAUCAUCACCUUUGUCAACACUGAAAUAGUCCACCACCAAAUAACCAAAUCAAAAAGCUUCAACACCACAGAAUUAGAAGAAAAGGAUCGUGACAUCUUCGCCGGAGCUCGAAAAUCAGGGCUAGACAUACGCUACAAGACGGUGAGCGACGGUUUUCCGUUGAGUUUCGAUAGAUUUCUCAACGCCAAGCAGUUCGGUGAGGGCAGUCUGCAUGUGUUCCCGGCUCAUGUGGAUGAACUUGUUGGAAACUUAGUUAGAGAAGAUCCCUCGGUUUCUUGCUUGAUUGCUGACACUUUCUUUACAUGGACUUCAUGGAUAGCCAAAAAGUAUAAGCUUAUCAAUGUUUCUUUCUGGACUGAACCAGCUUUGGUCUUCACUCUCUACUAUCACGUGGACCUUCUAAUUCAAAAUGGCCACUUUGCUUCUAAUGAUAAUCGCGAGGACACCAUUGAAUACAUACCUGGUGUCAAGGCUAUAGAACCAAAGGACUUACCAUCAUUCUUUCAAUCAACUGAUACAAACACACUUCGACACCGGAUCAUAUAUAAGUCCUUCGAAGAUGUUAAGGCCGCGGAUUUCAUUCUUUGCAACACGGUCCAGGAGCUUGAAUCCGACACCAUUUCGGCCAUACAAGAUAAGCAGCCAAUAUAUGCAAUUGGUCCUGUUUUACCAUCCGAGUUUACUAAGAGCAUUGUUCCGACAAGCCUAAAGGCCGAGUUCGACUGUAGCCAAUGGCUAAACAGCAAGCCUCAAGGUUCAGUUUUGUACGUUUCGUUUGGGAGCGCUCUUCCUUCUAAAAAGAGUGACAUUGAAGAAAUAGCACAUGGGCUUGCGCUUAGUGGAGUGAAUUUCAUUUGGGUUCUUCGCCCUGAUGCUGUGAGUUAUGAGGAGCCUUAUGUUCUACCACUUGAAAUUGAGGAUAAGAUCAAAGAUAAGGGCUUGAUAGUUCAGUGGUGUAAUCAAGUUGAGGUGAUUUCAAAUCCGGCAAUCGGAGGCUUUUUGACACAUUGCGGAUGGAAUUCAGUCAUGGAAAGUCUACGGUGUGGGGUACCGUUGCUAUGUUUCCCUCUGUUCACCGAUCAGCCUACUAAUAGGAAGCUGGUGGUUGAUGAUCUGAGGGUUGGAAUCAACCUUUGCAUUAGGGAGCCGUUGACGAGGUCGGAAGUGGCGCAGAAGAUCAACCGUUUGAUGAGCGGAAAAUCAGCUGAAGAAUUGAGGAAGGAGACAAUGAAGGUGAGGUCAACAUCAGAGAAGGCCUUAGCCAUAGCUGGUUCAUCAGAGAAGAAUUUGUGUCAGUUCAUUGAUGAUGUGAAGGAUAAAAUUAGUGAACUUUUUUUGGAAAAUAGUAAUAAUAGAUAGAUAGCUACAAUCAAUUCAUUGAAUUUCUGGUCCAUUUACUUCAAACAAUAAAUUCUGAGCAAAACUUUGGUUUUGUGGGUUGGAUUUUCUAAUCUCUGUAACUUUCUAGUGUGUGACUGAUACUAAAGUAUUGCGAUUGAAUGAUAAACUAAAUCUGAUUCUG